AUGGCCAUGGUUAAUCCUCCCCCUGUUCCUGGAAAGCGGCGCCAGCUGCCUCGAAGUACUACUAUUACCAAUGUAUAUUCUGAGCUUGUCGGUAUUUCUUUAAAAACCAGCAUGGCUCUCCCGGUCUUACCUACCAAUCCACAAAACCUGAAUCCUUCAUCGGCAAUAUACGAUUUUGCUAUUGAAAAAGCAGCUGUGGCAGAGUAUCAAAAGUCUAUUGAUCAGAUAGCUAAAGAGGAUGAAUUGGUUUCUGAAAUAAAAGAGCGUCAAACAAAGUCGGCAGUCGAAGCUACAGAUUCGAAUGGGCUGAAAAAGGAGUCCAGAUCGCCAGUAAAAGACAAAGUCACAAAACAACUUCCAGAAAGACCUGUUCCAACUAAACAGGGUACGCUUAAAGGCUCUCAAACUGUUCCAAUAUCAAAUGUAAAUUCAUCAACAGCAAAUAGUAUUGACUAUACGGAAUUUGAGCAAGGACUGGCACCACCAGAUCCAUGGGACACUGCUGCCAAUAUCAAGGACCAUGAUUUCAAAAUGCUAAAAGAAGUCAUGGGUAAAGGCGAUCGUGUCUAUGAAUCCACGCAGCCUUUUGCAUUGCAGCAAUCGCUGGGCAGACCAAUUCCUGUUGUAGCUGAAAUGUCGCCUGCAUCAAAAAGAUUGUACUCGGCUACUCCACCACAACUCCAGCAUAAUUCAUCACCCCAAGCUCCUACUACAUUGUUUGAAAGCAUGCGAGUUGGAUCUGCUAAUAGUCUGUCAUCUGUUCCAUGCACGAGUGGAUCCAUGCCAAUGUAUCAGGGUGCCUCUGUUCCAAUCCCACUUCAGCAACAACCACCGCAGAUCCCCACCCGAGUUACUGGCCAUCAAUCACUGCCAAACUCUAAACCUGAAACCCCAAAACGUCCGCCACGAUUUACCACAGAUGCUCAGUACGCACUAUAUUCAGAUUUCACACAAAUGGGAUUCGACUCGGAUACAGUUGCAUAUGCAAUUAAUCACUAUUUUACUACGACAGAUCCUGAAAGCUUUUCGUUACAAAAAAAGGGACAGGAUCUUCACAAAAAAAUUCUAGAUUUUCUCAUUGGCAUGGCUGAGCUUAGUUCUGCGUGUGGUACGCCUAUCCCGCUGGAUGUUCUUUCCAUGGCGAUAAAUCAGUAUCCAGAAAAUGUGAUUAAACAAGCUGAAUUUUCACAGGCGUUUAUUGCAGUGAGCGAACUUGGAUUUCCACCAGGGGAUGUUCGAGAUGCAUUGGUGUUUAAGCAAAAUAAUCGAGAAGAGGCCAUCGAAUAUUUAAUGAGUGGCGUUGGUCGAUAUUGA